UGAUUUUUUUUCCAUACUUCUCAUUUCUCAUUUUUCCUGUUGAUUCUGGAAACGAUCAAGCCUGAAGCCUCUGCAAGCCAGAAAGAAAACAGUACUGGUAGCAACUACGUUCUGAGGUAUUGUCAUUUCCGAUUCAUCACGGUUCAUCACUUCAUCUCCGAUUCUUGGACUAGUCAAUGGUCUUUGAAUUCAAAACACGGUUUUCUGGAUCGGCCCAUGCACUAGUCAAUAAUCUUUGGAUUCAAACCCUGGAUGUUGAAAUUCCUUCAGAAAUCAUCUACCUUCUGUCACCCUUUCUACACUAACGAUCAUUGUCAAUAGUCUUGAAUUCAAAAAUAUGAUUCCUUCAGAUAUCAUCACAGAAAUCCUCUCUCGCUUACCAGUGAAACCCAUUUUGCGAUUCAGGUGUGUGUCGAAAAGCUGGUGCUCAAUAAUUGAUAGUGAUGAUUUCAUUCAGAGGCACUUACGGCAAUCUAUCACAACAUACUCUAAUCAUAGCAUCAUUUAUGGAUACAUGUUGACAGGACUUCGUUCCAUAGAUGUGAAUUCAUUUGACGAAUCAUAUGCCGUUCAAUCCCAUGCCGUUCAAACCCCAGUUGAUUUCUUGACUUCUGACUACAUGUCCAACUCUUGCAAUGGGUUAAUCCUAGUAUCCGCUAAACCCCUACUUUUCCUGUGGAACCCUUUUUCAAGAAGAAAGAAGAUUUUGCCUUCUGCCUCCACGAUUGAACCCACAACUGAACAUUCCAGAGAGUUAUAUGGGUUGGGUUACAAUUCAAGAAACAAUGAUUACAAAAUUAUUCGGGUGGUUGAAUUUAGGAAUGCAGCGCAGCAGUGGAUUAACUCUAAAACUGAAAUUUAUAGUCUGAAAUUAAAUUCUUGGAAAUGUGUCCAGAGUUUUCCUUAUCCACUUCCCCUUUCCCUUGGAAACUUGGGAAUACAUGUCAAUGGGACAUUGCAUGCGCUUGUGGAGGAUUUUUCCCUUGUGCAUUCGAACACAUCAAUUAGAAUCGUGUGUUUUAGUGUUGAAGAGGAGAAACGUUACGAGUUAAUGUUGCCAACAUACAUUCCGAUAGAGAAUGUUAAGUUG